AACUUUGCAGUUAGCCCCCGAUCGACCGGCUCUGUCUUAUUUCGCACCGUGGAAUCAUCGAUACCUUUCUGUCUCGCGACAUGGGAGGCGACCUGGCGGCGGCGCUGCGCUACUCCGGUGAUGACCGGAGGCGAUGGAGCAGCUGCAGCCACGGCUGGCAUGGAGAACACGAGGAACGAGCCCGCUCGCAAGGGGCCGAAGCUCCGGCGACCAAACGAUCCUCCUGCCCGCUAUGGUCCGCUUGAGGAGGAACUCACAGUAGAAAUCAAUUAUAGCGGUUUUUUGUGUGGAUUUGGGGCCGCGAAGAGCUAUGUUGAUGGCAAGCAAGCAAGAUUUGAUGGCUGUGAAGCAGAUACUUGGUCACCUCUGUGGCUGACAGAUUUCAUGGAGCAGCUAGGUUAUCGUGAUCGGGAUAAGUAUACUUUGUACUGGCUUCUCCCUGGAAUGGAUCUCGGAUCAGGACUCCGCAUUAUAGACCGAGAUGUUGACACAAUGCAUAUGAUUGUUGUUGUUCCUAAAUUUCAAUACUUUCAGAUUUUUGUGGACCACAAAGAUAUGGAUUUUGAUGAUGUUGUUGUAAUUGAUGAUGUCGUGAUUGGUGGCGCUCCUAGUUCAAGGAAGUACGAGCAGCAAGUAGUGGCAAGUCUCCAGCUAGGCAGCAACAACAUAGCAAUGCGCAUGAGCUGA